GCGUCUUUAUCAGAACUGCACGGAUCGGAUGAGUUCCUGCUUUUGCGGAAGCGAAAAGGAACGGAAGCCAGCGCCAGAUAGCUUGCAAGGGUGGAGUAAAAUACACCAUAAAAUAAACAGAUAACAAUUCACAGAAAUACACACGGCUUGUUCUUUUGCCACCAAUAUACCGAAAGCCUGCCGAGGAGAUGGGGGACAAGGCGGGCACCAGAGUCUUCAAGAAAUCAAGCCCCAACUGCAAGGUCACAGUAUACCUGGGAAAGAGAGACUUUGUGGAUCACCUUGACCAGGUGGACCCAGUCGAUGGUGUGAUUCUAGUGGACCCCGACUAUCUGAAAGAAAGGAAAGUGUUUGUGACUCUGACGUGUGCAUUCCGCUAUGGCCGUGAGGACCUGGACGUGCUGGGCCUGUCCUUCCGGAAGGAUCUGUACAUCUCCACCUUCCAGGCCUUUCCUCCAAUCGCAGAGGAACGCAAAGCCAACAGUCGCUUGCAGGAAAGACUACUAAAGAAACUGGGCCAGCAGGCACACCCCUUCUACUUCACAAUUCCCCAGAACCUGCCGUGCUCAGUCACCUUACAGCCAGGACCAGAAGACACUGGGAAGGCAUGUGGGGUAGACUUUGAGAUCCGAGCGUUCUGUGCCAAAUCGAUAGAGGAGAAGAUUCACAAACGGAACUCUGUGCGGCUAGUGAUCCGUAAGGUGCAGUAUGCCCCAGAGAAGCCUGGGCCUCAGCCCAUGGUGGAGACCACACGGAGCUUCCUCAUGUCGGACCGCUCACUACACCUGGAGGCCUCUCUGGAUAAAGAGCUCUACUACCAUGGAGAACCCAUCAGCGUGAAUGUUCACGUCACCAACAACUCCACCAAGACUGUCAAAAGAGUCAAAAUCUCAGUGCGACAGUAUGCUGAUAUCUGUCUGUUCAGUACGGCUCAGUACAAGUGUCCAGUGGCUCAGGUGGAGGCAGAUGACCAGGUGUCGUCUAGCUCUACGUUCUGUAAGGUGUACACCCUCACACCCACGCUAGACAAGAACCGUGAGAAGAGGGGCCUGGCCCUGGACGGAAAGCUCAAACAUGAGGACACCAACCUGGCCUCCAGCACCAUUGUUAAGGAUGUAACUAACAAGGAGGUCCUUGGAAUCCUGGUCUCCUACAGGGUCAAAGUAAAACUGGUCAUCUCUCGUGGAGGAGAUGUGUCGGUGGAGCUGCCCUUUGUCUUAAUGCACCCCAAACCCACAGAACUGCCCAUAUCCCGCCCACAGUCAGCUGUGCCGGAGUCGGACCCUCCCAUCGACACCAACCUGAUAGAAUUUGAAUCAAAUAGUUUCUCCCAAGAUGACGACUUUGUGUUCGAGGACUUUGCCCGCCUGCGGCUCAAAGGAAUGGCAGACGACGAGGACUGUUAGAGCUCACGCACACACUCUUGCGCCAACUCUUACACACGGUGGGAUGAAGGCAUGUGGAUGGAGAGGUGUGGUGGCCUCGUGGUCUUCCCUAUGUUGCUUGCGGUGUUCUUUUGUCUUGCUUAAGCCACUUUUCUUGUACAUGUUCUCUGUUUUGCGUUCUCGCCGUCUGCAGUGGUUGUUGUUAUGGGGGGGGUGGCAAACACAAGUGAAAACCCAGCACCAUGUAAAUGUUGAUGUAAUAUUGUACCAUGGCAAUGCUGACAGAUCCACAGGUGUCAUUUGGCCAGCAGUUUUUAGGAGCGGUGUAAUAAGUGCUAUAAUGGAUAAAAAGUAGAUUUAAAUGUCAUAAAGAGGGAUGAUGUGCCAUGGCUGUCCACGCCGAGGGAGUGCCAUUAAAAGGAAGGGGGCUUUAUCGUUCUUUUUCCACCAAUAGUGAUUUAAAUGUAAUUAUUUCUACAAAUAUUGAUCAUAUUGAUCAUGUAUUGAUCAUUGAUAUAAAACGAGGUUUAGAGAGUACCUGUAAACACACCGAGAGAAGGGCAAACACAGACUGACACACUUUGGUUUGGUGAUGUAAUUUAGGCAACCCUUUCAUCUGCCCCAUCUUGACAUUCCUGAAUUUCUACCCUGUCAUUCAUUCUGUAAAAACCUUCAUGUUUUAAGGGAAGAAUAGAGGUAUCUAUGAUUCACUCUCUUCUACAAUAAAGAGGACCGACGAUACGCUCCCACUUACAAUAAACUUGCACACACUGGACCUGCACUGUAUAGCCUAGUGAUACUCCUCAUUGUCAGUUAAUCUCAAUGCACCACUGACAUUCAUCAGAUUCUUUUUCAAAUAAUUUCUACGUCAGAUUCCAUUCACUUUUGUGCUGAAUCCCAAACUGGCCCCUAGCUCUUCUCCUGUAGAUCUGAAAGGAUUGGAUAGAUAAGUCAUGUGGGGAAAUUCCAACUAGCCAAUGAGAAGGCCGGGUGAAUCAAUUACUAUAAUAUUUAUACCUAUCCAAUCCUAGAAGUGCCUAGUGACAGGCUUUCUAGGGGUCAGUUUGAGAUUCAUCAUUGGUGUUAGAGCUUUGUAGAGCAACAGCGACACCAAUGGAGCAUGUUUUUCAGCAGUGUUGUGAACUAUGAUCUGUGAUUAUUGUUGUUGUGCAUCUAUGGGUUACCUGUUUGCAGCUCUAAGUGUGAAUAUUUGAAAGUGCUGCCACUGAGCUGCGGGAGAGUCUUAAUGUCUACAGAAAGUAUGCUGAUAUGAUUUUGAUGGAACAUGACAGAACUAUUAAUAUUAUUACUACUGUAUCAUUGACUAUGAUUAUUCUCAAUCAUUUAAUACUUUUGUUAUCCUUUUUUCAGAUUUUUUUUUAAAUUAAAGGCUAAAUGAAUUAAA